AUGGAUUAUUCGACUUUUUCUAGUUCGAUCAUAGGUCGGCUCGCUGCCGCCACACUCGUCGCAGCGUCAAUAUGGGCUAUAUAUCAGUCGGUUCCCACACAUGAGAAGAGAGAAGAGACCUUGUCCGACCGGGUCGAUCGUAUUCUGAGAAGCAGCCCUUUGAUAGAUGGUCAUAAUGACUUACCAUACUUGCUCCGGAUUGAGUUGCAAAAUCAAAUAUACAACGAUCGAUUUCCCUUUCGGGAGGAAUUGGCUAGCCAUACGGACCUCAAACGUAUGAAAGAAGGUCAUGUUGGUGGCCAAUUUUGGUCAGUAUUCAUGGAAUGCCCAGACACGACAAAACUGGAUGAUCCCAGUCAUAUUGUACGCGAUACAUUAGAGCAGAUCGAUGUGGCGCGUCGUUUCAUUGAAGCAAACCCGGAGCUCAAAUUCUGCCUGACACAAGCAUCCGCCAUUCAAGCCUUCAAAGAAGGUAGAAUAGCUUCAAUGCUUGGCGCAGAAGGUCUUCAUCAAGUGGGGUCAUCGAUCGCAGUUAUCCGUCAACUAUGGGAUCUGGGUGUACGAUACAUCACAAUCACACAUAAUUCCGAUAAUGCUUUUGCAACAGCAGCAGCAACGGUCACUGCCUCAGAGACCGAGUUUGAUCCUGGUCUGACUUCAUUCGGUGCCCAGGCUAUUCUUGAAAUGAAUCGACUUGGAAUGUUAGUGGAUUUGUCGCAUGCAUCUCAUCAGACUAUGCGACAGGUCAUGGAUCUUGCACGAUCGCCGGUCAUAUUUAGCCAUAGCACAUGUUAUGAACUGGCAAAGAAUUUUCGUAAUGCACCGGACGAUAUCAUCAGGUCACUGAAAUCAAAUGGAGGAGUGCUCAUGGUGAUGUUUGUCAAACGAUUCUUGAAUGCGACCGAUCCUGAUGCGGCUAAUAUUGAGACUGUGGUGGAUCACAUCAUGCAUGUUGUAGAACUGGCAGGUUGGGAUCAUAUUGGCAUUGGUGGGGACUUCGAUGGAACGAUGACCUUGGCUAAUGGUAUAAAUUCUGUCGCUGAUUAUCCCAAACUGAUUGAAGCAGUUAUGCGACGAGGUGCGACAGACGAGCAGGUGAAGAAAUUGAUUGGCGAAAACAUCCUUAGAGCAUGGAGGCAAAAUGAGCGCAAUGCAGAACUAUUUUCUAAAGAGAGGCCAGUGGAAGCGGUUUGGGAAGGCCGAAGUUGGACGAGAUGGAAUAAUCCUUUGCCAAUCAUGAUUCCUGAAAAUCCCGACCGUCUAGCUGCUGAAGACUAUCCUUAA